AUGGCCCAUGAGCCCAUCAUUCACGACAUCUUCGAGCCGUCGACAGGCACGUGGCAGUAUAUUGUCGCCGACCUCCCCACUAAGGCCGCUAUAAUCAUCGACCCAGUCCUCGACUUCGAUCCGGCAACGAGCGCCAUCUCGACGCAGACAGCCGAUGGCCUCCUUGAAGUUAUUUGGGAGUUGGGCUACAAGGUCGUCGGUAUUCUCGAGACACACGUCCAUGCCGACCAUCUGACGGCGGCCAAAUACCUCCAGUCUCGUUUGCGGGAGGCGCAGGCCGGCGCGGCUCCAGACAUCUGCAUUGGCGGGCGCAUCAAGGUUGUUCAAGAGAGGCUCAGCGAAAAGUACGGCAUCGAGAAGGAGGAGUUCGCCAGCGCCUUUGACCGUUUCUUUGCCGACGAUGAAGUGUUUGGGAUUGGAAAACUCGAGGCCACAGCUCUCCAUCUGCCGGGCCACACUCCUGACCAUAUGGGAUACUUGAUCGGGUCAAACGUCUUCGCAGGUGACUCCCUCUUCAACCACGACGUCGGCUCCGCGCGUUGCGACUUCCCUGGCGGCAACGCCAGAGACCUCUUCGCAUCUACCCGGCGGCUUUUGAGCCUACCUGAGGACACCAAGAUAUGGACUGGGCUCGACUACCCGCCGGCGGGGCGCGGCCCUGUGGCGGCGACGAAUGUUGCUCAGCAGAAGACCCAGAAUAAGCACCUCGCGCAGAGCGCUACGGAGGACGAAUUCGUCAACUGGCGCGAGGAGCGGGAUUCGGGGCUCGGUGAGCCCAGGCUUAUGCAUUGGGCGCUGCAGUUCAAUAUAAGGGCCGGCAACAUGCCUGGUCCGAACAAGAACGGGGAUCGCUUGCUGCACGUGCCUGUCAGAAUACAGGGUGCGACUUGGUGA